CUGGCUGGGGUGCGGGGCGGAGGCCGGCGGCGCGGGAGCCCGAGCGGCGUCUGGAGUCCACGGCGGCACCCAGGAGCCAGGAGCCGGAGCGCGACGGAGCCGGGACCGGGGCGUGAGCAUGGCGUCGUCUGGGCCGGUGCGGACCCUGCUGCUGCUGCGGCUGCUGCUGCUGCUGGCCGGCGCGGCGCGGGCCGCCCUCUACUUCCGGCCGGGCCAGACCUGCCACAGGCCGCUGCGGGGGGACCAGCUGUCGCGGCUGGGACGCAGGACAUACCCCCGGCCAUAUGAGUACCUGUCCCCGUCGGAUCUGCCCAAGAACUGGGACUGGCGCAACGUGGACGGUGUCAACUACGCCAGCGUCACCAGGAACCAGCACAUCCCGCAGUACUGCGGCUCCUGUUGGGCCCACGGCAGCACCAGCGCCAUGGCAGAUCGCAUCAACAUCAAGAGGAAGGGUGCGUGGCCCUCCACCCUGCUGUCGGUGCAGCACGUCCUAGACUGUGGGAACGCUGGCUCCUGCGAGGGGGGCAACGACCUGCCGGUGUGGGAGUACGCCCACCGCCACGGCAUCCCCGACGAGACCUGCAACAACUACCAGGCCAAGGACCAAGAGUGUGACAAGUUCAACCUGUGUGGAACGUGCACGGAGUUCAAGGAGUGUCACCCCGUGCAGAACUACACCCUCUGGAGAGUGGGCGACUACGGCUCCCUCUCGGGGAGAGAGAAGAUGAUGGCUGAAAUCUACGCGAACGGCCCCAUCAGCUGCGGCAUAAUGGCCACGGAAAAGAUGGCCAACUACAGCGGCGGCAUCUACAGCGAGUACUCCGACAAGCCCUUCAUCAACCACAUCAUCUCCGUGGCCGGCUGGGGCGUCAGCGACGGGACCGAGUACUGGAUUGUCCGCAACUCCUGGGGUGAACCGUGGGGCGAGAGGGGCUGGAUGAGGAUAGUGACCAGCAGCUACAAGGGCGGCCGUGGCGCCAGCUACAACCUGGCCAUCGAGGAGACCUGCACCUUUGGGGACCCCAUCGUUUAGGGCCGUGCGUCGGGAGCGGCGGUUUCCAGGGCAGUGAGGCGUGAGCCCUACAGAGGGGACCCCGUCGUGACGAGCGCCCGGUGAGGACUGGGGUGGCUGGGAGGCCUGAACACCUCGAAAGAGGCACUGGCCGCGCACUGAGCGGAGCUGGGCGUGGCAGGAGGUACCUGCAUGGGACAGCCAGCCACCUGGUAGCCCCGUCCCGCGACAGGACACUGCGGGGCGCCAGGUCUCGGAGAGAGGGCCUGGUGUCUCGCACUGGGCAUUUCAGAGGUGGAACAGUCCACUCAUCGGGGACUUCCCAACUGCCAUGUGACAAAUAAAAUACCCAGUUUCACACGA